UUAGCCCCAGCCGACCAAAAUCCCCCGAGCGCCCGCACCGCACCGCCCGCCGCGCUCGCUGCCGUGCACCCAUUCCAUUCCUUUCCUCUCCUCUUUCCCCACGCCCCACGACUCUCUCUCUCUCUCUCUCGUCCCAAAACCAGAUCGGCGCGGACGGCGAGGCGAGGAGAGCGGAGCGGAGCAAUGGCGGCCGGGUACCGGGCGGAGGACGACUACGACUACCUCUUCAAGGUGGUCCUGAUCGGCGACUCCGGCGUCGGCAAGUCCAACCUGCUUUCCCGCUUCACGCGCAACGAGUUCAGCCUCGAGUCCAAGUCCACAAUCGGGGUCGAGUUCGCCACCCGCUCCCUCCAGGUCGACGGCAAGGUCGUCAAGGCCCAGAUUUGGGACACCGCCGGACAGGAACGAUAUCGUGCUAUCACUAGUGCAUACUACCGAGGUGCUGUUGGAGCAUUGCUUAUUUAUGAUGUCACUCGGCACUCAACCUUUGAGAAUGCUGAGCGCUGGCUGAAGGAAUUGAGGGACCAUACAGAUCCUAAUAUAGUAGUUAUGCUGGUUGGCAACAAAUCUGAUCUCCGCCAUCUCGUAGCAGUUCAAACUGAUGAAGGGAAGGCAUUUGCGGAGAGAGAAUCACUCUAUUUCAUGGAGACCUCCGCGCUCGAGUCCACCAAUGUCGAAAACGCAUUUGCAGAUGUCUUGACUCAGAUCUACCGUAUUGUGAGUAAGAGAGCAGUCGAAGCAGGUGAAGAUGCCGCUUCUGGGCCUGGCAAGGGUGAAAAGAUCAAUAUAAAGGAUGAUGUUUCGGCAGUGAAGAAGGGCGGUUGCUGCUCCUGAGCGGUACUCCUGUAUUUUUUGGAGUUGUGUGAUGUAGUUUAUGUUAUGGCUUUUCCAGCGACAGAGAUUUGUUAGUGGCAUUAGCAACUUCUAUGCUACCUAGAGAGUACUGUCAAACUGAAAAGUUGGGUUAGAUCAGUUUAGAUCUUUCUAUUACUGUAUUGUGUAUGCGGCAAUAGGCACGGUAUUGUUUUUGCUGUGAAUCCAUUGCGACCAUGUUUGAACUUGUGAACUGUUCAAAAUAGAAAUAUGCUUCAUGCUUGCCGAA